GUUCGUAGGGUUCUGAGGCAAAUCUCUCAGGCGGUGAACUUCCUUUCUCCCGUGAAGUCUUCUCAGGCGAUGGUUUCUUUCGAAUUCUCUGCAGGUGAAGUCUCUCAUCUCAGGCGAUGAUUUCUUUUGAGCAUCUUUUUUUAGGCGAAGUCUUCUCAUCUCAAGCUACCUAAAGAAGAGAACCCAAAAGGCAGAAAGAUAGAGAGAGAACAUAAUGGCUAGGAUCAAAGGCACAGGCAUCCUGUUACUGUUUCUCUUUGUGAUCUUCUUCUUCUCACUUCCCAUGGCAAUGGAAUAUUAUGAUGAAGAAGGAGAAGGAAGAGAAUGGGACAAGGGAGGCCAUGGAAGGAGAGAAGAAGAAUGGGACAGGGGAGGCAGGGGAAGGAGAGAAGAGAGAGGACAGAAAGGACAUGUUCUUGUUGCAUCGCUCACAACGGGUUGGAAAUACAUAAGCAGGAGAAAUGACAGUUGUGAGAGGCUUAAGAAUGAAGGGCAUGGAAAACCCAAUUCAUAUUGGCUUCAUCAACAUGGAACCAAAAACCCUUUUCAUUCAUCAGUACAUCGAUUCCAACUUGGUCCUCUUUGUUCGCGGGGUACCCAUUUCCCUUUUUAUCUUCUUCCCUCUAAAUGGAUUGAUAUAUGCCUUCAUUUACAAGUUUUGUUAAUUCAGGGGAAGUGAAGAUUGGGUCGAUCCACAAAGAUAGUUUGGUGGAGACACUAGAUUAUUUGCAGCAUCGAUAUAUCCAGGUUAUGUUGUGUCUCACUGAUCAAGGCUUCCUUCUUUCACCAAAUCUCCUAUAAAGAUAAACCCCUGUGAAUGGCCAAGAAAAAAAAAAUCUUUUCUUGGCAGUCAAAUUCAAGUUUUUUUUUGUCACAUCCUUCCUCUUUGCAGCCGUUCUUCAUCGGUGGAGGAAGGGAUCCCCAACCCGUGCUCACCGGGUUUGACUACAAAACCCUCUGUGUUGCAAUGAAAGUAAGCUAUGAAUCAGCUGCUGGCCUAACUUCUCAUUAUCAAUUCAAGGUUUUAAUUUAGGGACUAAUCCCACGAAAAUUAACUUGAUAAGUAAAGCUCAUACAGUCAUAUACCUUCGCCGGAAAUGGCAACUCCUCUCCACCUUCGCCGAACAGGUAAGGGCGUUGGAGGAUCGGUUUGGGGUUACUUUGCGAUGGUUGUUGGUUUCUAAAAGGGAAGAGGGGUAUUAUAGGUAUAUUAAUUGUUAGAGGCAAUUGUGUUUUUUAAAAUUCAAAAGUAACACUAGCUUAGCGGUGUUAAUUUUUUAGGUUUAAAUAUAAUAAACGAAUUUUUAGGAGAAAUCCUAAUAUAGCCAAACGUGAGGAGAGGCUGAUGUAAAUGAUUUUUUAUUUUAUUUUGGUAUCUAUUGUUUUCCACGAAUUCAAAAUUGUUUGAAUUUUUCUUUUCCCGGCAUCCAAACAUAGAAAAAAGAAAAUCCCAUAAGUACGGGCAGUAUCGUAAUUUCCCUCUCGGCAUUGGCCAAGGGUUUUGGGUUAGGGGAAGAGAGAGAGAAGGAGAGAAGGAGAGAAGGAGAGAAGCAGUUUAAGCAGCGAAGGUUUUGAGGUUUUAUUGUUCAAAUUUUUGAAUGAAAUCUAGUGGAAAAUCCUGCGAGAGAUUUUUUUUUACUUACUGAAUUGAGAGGCGGCAAAUAUGGAGGGUGUAGGGGCGAGACUGGGGAGAUCGUCGACUCGAUAUGGACCAGCGACCGUGUUCAGCGGCCCUGUGAGGAAAUGGAAGAAGAAGUGGGUCCACGUGUCUCCUUCUAACACUGCUAAUCACCAUUCUUCUCAGUCUAACGGUACCAACGGUAAUAACGGCUCUCAUCUCCUUCUCUUCAAGUGGACUCCCCUCUCUCAGAGUAACAACAACAAUAACAAUAACAAUAACAAUGGCGACAAGACUCCCACCGAGGAUGACAACGCUGCAGUACCAACGGAAGAGCCACCUCGGAAGAAGUUCCGAUACAUUCCG